AUGGUGGUGGGAAGUAUCAGUCAUGAAAUCGAGUCUCCAUUGGAGGCGAAGAGACUGUGGAAUGCCUUUGUGAAGGAUGGCCAUAAUCUCCUUCCAAAGCAAGUACCAGAGCUUUUUAAAAGCGUCACCUUCCUCCAAGGCGAAGUGGUUGUAGGAAGCAUCAAGCAAAUCAAUUUCACUCCUGCGAACAAGGAUUUCAGCUACGUUAAGGAGAAAGUGGAUGAAGUGAACGAGGAGAAAGUGGAGGAAGUGGAUUUCAGCUAUGUAGUCCAUUUUGAUAGCCUUCCGGGCGUUCCUCAGGAUGAAGAGAAAGUGAAGGAGAUUAAGGAAAUGAGCACUGCUCUGUUCGAGAAGAUUGAGGCAUAUCUCAUCGCUAAUCCCAAUUUGUACUGUUAA